AUGGCUCCCUCCCCCUCGGGCAAAGCGACUGAGGCGCCAUUAAAGCGAGCUUAUCCCCUUCCCACCCACCCCCGCAUCUCAUCGAGCUCUCCCCGCCCCAGCUCCCCAUCGGAGAUCUCGCAUGGCUGGAGCACGUCGCCGCGGCGUUCGAGUGCGCCGGUGGCGCGGGUAGCGGAACCGCGGGCACUUCCACCUCCUGCAGCGGCGCCGCUGCCCGAUAUCGAUUCGAACUCGCCGGAGGCUCGCCGCGAGAUGCGUCGGGUGGUGAUGGAGCGCUUCCCCGAUCGGGACGAGUUGGGGGAGAUCCAUCUCCAUGUCCUCCGCCACGCGAACUUCGUCGAGCGCGCGCGCUUCAUCGGAGACGACGGCUGCGAGGAUCGGGAGCUCCUCUUCUGGGCGAUCCAGGAGGCCGAAUCGACGGAUCCGCGUCAAGUUGCGGUCGGAGAACUUCAGGACGGCGAACCCAUCCAGGCUCAACAUCCGACCGCCUUCGUGAUGUCACCUAUGAAACUGUACCCUGAUUUUGAUCAGGAGAAUUUUGUCAUGGAAUGUGCAAUGGUUGAAGUUGAUCAGGAUGCCCCAUCUUUUGAUGGAAAUGAGAUUAUGAUUGAACACAAAGAUAAUCUCCUGGGACACUAUAAAAGGAAUGAUGGAUGUGGGGGAGAGGGUGAUAUAGUGAUUGGAGAGAGCCUAAUUCAAACAACUCCUGCUCCUUCUGGAAAGAAUGAAAUGAUUCUAUCUGGGGAGAGAUCUGGAAGCAUGGAUUACUGUGAGGGCCUGCUCAGGUCUGUGGACUUGUCUGACUCUGAAAAUGAGGAACCUAAAGAAGAGGAGUUCGAAGUUCUCCCCCCUGAGGCCAUACAUAUCUUACAAAGUGAGACUCUGAAGAGAUCCUUACUGAAAUUACUCAACCAAGCUCAGAAAGAUGGAACCAUUCCUGAGAGGAAAGCCAAAUGGGGACCUAUGGUAACUCAACAGCCUGCUACCAGAGGGCAUGGAAAUGUCAACAUCAUGGAGAAAGUUGCUGCAUACAAGAGGAAGAAAAAACUGAAAAUCCCAAAAACAUUUAAAGGGGCGAAGGUGGCGAAGUAUACGUUGUGCUUUGGAUCUGUUGGGCGCAACGAUCAGGCAAUGGAAAAUCCUAUGUUCAGAGGCUCAAGGUGCGCUUCUUCUCCGGUGCUUAAGGCUGUUGGACCACCGAAGAGGGGAAUUGAUUAGGAUCGCCUGAUGCUAAUGAACUCUGGAGCAUCGCUGGGUUCUGCAUAUGCUAGUUUACCAUCUCUUCUUUGAUCUAUUUGUGAGCUGGCAUGUAUGUUUACCUGGAUUUGUAUCCCCCCGGAACCUCUUAAAAUCUACUAUAAUAGGGUAGUCCUUAAAACCCUUCUGUGGCAGCUACUCUCCAGUUGCCGUCGAGCGCUGUUAACAGUCUUUUGCUUCUUCUUUUUGAGGGCAAGCAAAGAGCUUUAUUAUGAAACGUGCUGGGCAAGAUGGCCCAUUACAAACUCA